AUGAGUACGGUUGAUGCCGCCAUGGACGAAAGUGCUGAAGCAAACGAUCCUAAUUCGCCACCUCCUGAGGAUCCUGGAAUUUCUUCUGUUGAGGAAGAGGCCUCCAAUGAUGCGAUUGACGAAGAUGAGGUGGAUAGACCAGGGAGCCCUGAACCUAUUCCUCCUCCGUCGUCCCCUAUCAACACAGUUACGGAGCCGGAAAAUGACGGAAAAGAGCAAAUAUCAGAAGUGGCGGUAACUGAUGGUCAAUACUGCUGUUUUGAGGCGGAACCAGGAAAAUUCGGUGGGGAUGGGUUUCUUACUGCUCGCCAGCUGGCAAUGCACUUUUUGCUAGGCACAGAGACGGAUUGUGUAUAA